UCCUGGUUGUUUAUAGCAACGCAGAGCAGGCGGCCGCCAUGCCUGGAUGUCAGCGCUGUGUGGCGGUUCUGUUGGUGGCCGCAGUGUGCCGGGUGGCGUCCUUUGGCACUGAAGCUCCCGAGCAUUCAUCUGCGGAUAAUAUAACGGAGCUCGGCGAGCUGCUGGGCAAUGGUACGGCGGCAGCCUCCACCUCUGAGCCUCUCCCCGCGGAGACCCUGCCUGUGCCCACACAGCUCCAGGAGGCACCAGGAGAACUGGGCACCACGGCUCUGCCACCGGUGACUGUCACAGGCCCCACCUCCAGCGAUCUCCCCCAGUCCCGCUCCAUCCCUCCUCUAGUAACCACGGUGGCCUCCCUGUGUGUCUGUGACCUGCUGGUGGACGAGUGUGACGUCAACUGCUGCUGUGAUCCUGACUGCAGCGCUACUGAUUUUAGCGUCUUCUCCGGAUGCUCCAUUCCCAUUGUAAGUGGUGACAGCCAACUCUGCAAUCGUGAAGCAGUUCUGUAUUCUAUCAGUACUUCAAAUGUCCUUCAAAGAGAAACUGUGGAAGUAGUGGACCCCAAUAUAUUCUGCAUCCAAGCAACUAACUACCAGCCAGCAUUGUCCUUCAUAACCCCAGAUGAACCAACAGAGGCAAACUUUGAGAGUCUUGUCAAGGAAUUUGGUGGAAUGGACUUUAACAGUGAAAGUUACGUUCAAAGCCUAGUUGGCUCAGCUGAAGCCCGCAAUGCAUCAAAAUAUGAGUAUGGUUCUCCCAUCCUGACUCUGGACUCUUUCUUUAAAGUCCCUGCUCCUCUGGGUACAAGUGAAUGCACAGACAGUAACCCAGUAGGAUUUCUGGAGAGCCAAGAUUUCACAUGUAGCCGAAACAUUCAGAUUGAAAAUUGCUCAAUCCCUGUCCUGACUCUAGGAACCUACAGAGACAUUGGCGUUUUGACUGUGCCUACUUCACAAAAUGCGAUUAAUGUGGUUCUUCAGGCUAUUACAGUAAAAUCUGUGGAUGGAGCGGUCUUUCGUGGAAACCUUAGUGACUAUGUACCUUCCUAUGACAACACUACAGGGAUUUGUAAUGAUGUUGUUCUUGGGGGAAGCUAUACGUUUACGUACACAAAUAAAGGGGAAAUCACAAGCAUUGCAGCAUCUUUUAUUCUUGGAGCCAUUGACCAGAACAUGGUCCAACAGAACUUCCAGAUACGUUUCAUUGAGAAUGGCACAGCUCCCACCCCUCUCAGUGGGAAUCCGGGCUACGUAUUUGGGCUGCCUGUGGUUGCUGGGUUUAAAUUGCCACAAUCGGGUAUUGUUCAGAGUACCAAUAGAUUUGGACAACUGACUCUGCUCAAGAGCUCAAAUGACCAAAACUGUUUAGCAGGAGAAGGACUCAGGACUCCAGUUCUGUUUGGUUAUAACACGAUGUCUGGCUGCAGACUGCGAGUCAAUUAUACCGGUGCUGGAUUUUGUAAGCUUACCAAUGCUGCCAUUCUGAAUGUGCUGCAAGGACAACAGUUUCCCAACUAUGUGGCCCAGUUUGGGAAUUCUCAGCCAGAGAAUGUACUAGACUGGGUACCAAUUAAUACCAUUACCACGGAUCAAGCUGAGGUUCAGGGUAUGUGCAAAAUCCCAGUUUCUUUAAAGCUGGAAGUUAGGUGGACAAAAUUUGGGUCCUUGGUGAACCCACAGGCACAGAUAGUGGAUGUGGUGGAGAAUAUCGCCUAUGCUUCUUUCCCUAUUAAUCUGGAAGGUGGAAGAUUUCUACAGAUCUCUUCCUCUGUGACUUUUGUAGAUGUCUCCCAGCCAGCAAGUCCUGGUUACAAAGCUCAGCCCACCAUUGAUGCAAAAUUGCCCUUUGAUUUCUUCCACCCAUUUGUAUAAAUACACUGAUUGAUCUUCUGUAGCAGCAAUGAAUGGGUAAUACAUAUGGAAGAAAAUGAUGUCACUAAUAACCAACCAGCUUGAAUAUGGACAAAUAUCUGAAGAUGGUUCUAGAAAAGACUUUGCACUGUUGAGAGUGAGGCCUAAGACCGCAUUCACAGUCAGUGUUUGGUCAGUGAUUUCCAUCAGUGAUUGAGAGCCAGAAACCAGGACUGAAGCCUACACAGACAUAAGGUAUAAGGGAAAAAUCUGCACCUGGUCUGUGUUCAGACCUGCACCUGGCUUUGGCUCAAAAUCACUGAUGGAAAUCACUGCCUAAACACUGAUGUGUGAACUAGGCCUUACUAGUCUUCUGGAAACGAUAAAGAACCCACACCUACCCUUUGCAUUUGCUUGUUAUAAAUAACAGUUGGAUAGA